GGGGUGUGGAUGGGGUGAUAGAGGGGUGGUUAGGAAGGUGGUUGGGCACCUUGAACCUGCAGGAAAGAUGCUCCUGCUGCCAACCUCUCCCAGCGCAUAACACCCCCAGAACACACGCGUCCUCCCAUCUCCCCUAAGCUCUCCCCAUUCGUCCUUACCGCCCCUCACCGGCACGCUCCCACCCCUCCCCCCCCCCCCAGGUGGCAUGUCGGUGCAGGGCUCGGGGGGUCUGCUGGAGUCGGUGAUGGAGGUGGUGCGGGCGCGGCUCGCCUGGCCGCAGGUGGCGGUGUGGCGGGCGGACCGGGGGGAGGCGUCCCGGCACAGCGGGCUGGACGAGCGGGUGUUCACCUCGGGCCGGCUGCUGCUGGGCCAGGUGGAGCCCAGACUGGCGGUCGAGUACGGACUGGUGGGCUUUCGUACGGCGGAUCGUACGGCACUGGAGGCGGUGUUGGGUGGGGGCGGCGGCGACGGUGGCGGCAAUGGCGGUGGACUCUCAACUCCUCAGCAGCAGCAGCAGCAGCGGGGGGAGGGUGGUGGUGAGGGGGGCGGCAGCGUGCUGUGCUGUCAGCUGGUGGAUAUCACACCGCAGGGUAUCCGCCAGGUGCUGCUCUCCCAGCUACCCCGGCUGCGCGACCUCUGCUGCCCCGCCCCGACCCGCCCCGGACCCCACCACCACCUCCACCCAGCCACCAGCAGCUGCAGCCCGGCAGCCAUGGAGGCGGGGCAGGGGCCGCCGGGGGGUGCGGGUGCGGGUGCGGGUGCGGGUGCGGGUGCGGGAGGAGGAGGAGAGGGUGAGGAGGUGGAGGCUGCGGUGGGAGGGCCGUACACGGAGGUGCUGCGGAGGGCUGCGGAGGCAGCGGGGGCGCGGUGGGGGCCCGCGGCGGUGGCGGUGUUUUGCUGCACGGGCAGGGGGCGGGCGGUGUUUGGACAGCAACCAGGGCAGCAGGGGCAGCGGCAGGGGCGGGGACAGCAGGGGCAGCGGCAGGGGCGGGACGUGGGUGAAUGUGAGGCGGUCAUUGCAGAUGAGGCCCUCCGCCACCGGCUGCCGCUGCUGGGCGCCUACUGCGAUGGCGAGCUGGGUCCGCAGGUGCAGCGGGGGCACACCGGCUGGGCGGCCAGCCCGGGGCUGAGGGGCCGGCAGGGGC